AGAGCUGUCAUUCGAGUGAUGUCAGCUGGACGGAGGGCGGGCUCUGGCGGCCUUUCCACUCCCUUCUCAGGGCGAUUGCCACAACCACCGCCUCAGCCCCAGCCCCAGCCCCAGCUGACCGGAGGUGAGAAGGGGGCGAGGUGUCAAGACUAGCUGCCGGACCGCCCUGGACCGCCCAGAGGCUCUGAAGGCCGAGUCAAGCGGCUGCGGCUGCGGCGGCAAUUGCGCCUCCCCAAAACCGAGAAGGGACGAGGAGAGGCGGAGCCGAAGCGGGCAGAGGAGGCGGGGCUGGACUGCCGAAGCAACCCAGGUCGCUGCCCCAAAGUUGAAUCGAGCCGAGCCGCGCCAAGCUGAACAAGCUGGCUGGCUGAGCUGCCGGCGGUACGCUUGUUCCUCCCGCAGUGUAGCGCCCCCGGUCUUGCCUGCGUCCUGCGCCCAGACCGCCGCGCCCUCGGCCUGUACCGCUCUGCCCCAUGAGGGCUGGCAGCGCGGGCCUGGCCGCCUAGCGAGCCGAGCCGAACUGGGCCCGGGGGCCCGGGGGCCCGGCUGCUGCCUGUCGGUCUGCCUCCCAGUCGAGUUCGGAGCAGCACGCGGAAGUGAUCAGCUUUUGAAGUGACUCAGAGAAGGUGAAGACAACCUGUUCAACUGUCUGAGGAGCAGGGCAGCAGACAGCCGAAUAAAUGCAGUAUCUAAAUUUCAAAGAGGACUGCAAUGCCAUGGCGUUCUGUGCAAAAAUGAGGAGCUACAAAAAAAAUGAGGUGAAUCUGGAUGUGCUGGAGCCUGGAGUGGAGGUGGUGUUCUAUCUGCCUGAUAGGAAGCCCCUCCACUUGCUCAGUGGGGAGUACACCGUAGAAGACCUGUGUAUCAGAGCUGCACAGGAGUGCUGUAUAUCUCCACUGUGCCACAACCUCUUUGCCCUGUAUGAUGAGAAGACCAAGCUGUGGUACGCCCCAAAUCACUGCAUCAAGAUUGAAGAGAAAACAUCGCUGCGGCUACAUUAUCGAAUGAGAUUCUAUUUCACCAAUUGGCAUGGGACCAAUGAGAAUGAGCAGUCGGUGUGGAGACACUCCCCAAAGAAGCAAAAAAAUGGCUACGAAAGAAGACGGGUCCUUGAUGCCACACCCCUCCUCGAUGCCAAUUCACUGGAGUAUCUCUUUGCUCAGGGACAAUAUGAUUUGGUGAAGUGCUUGGCUCCUGUACGAGACCCAAAGACUGAUCAGGAAGUGCAUGAGAUUGAAAAUGAGUGUCUGGGGAUGGCAGUGCUGGCCAUAUCCCAUUACGCCAUGAUGAAUAACAUACAACUUCCAGACCUGCCGAAGGAUGUCAGUUACAAACGAUAUAUUCCAGAAACACUGAACAGGACCAUCAGACAAAGGAAUCCCUUAACGAGAAUACGAAUAAAUCAUGUUUUCAAGGAUUUCCUUAAGGAAUUUAACAACAAGACCAUUUGUGACAGUAGCGUGACUCCUCAUGAUCUGAAGGUGAAAUACCUGUCAACUUUGGAGACUCUAACCAAACAUUAUGGAGCGGAGAUUUUUGAGACUUCACUCUUGUUGAUUUCAUCUGAAAAUGAAAUGAAUAAAUUAAAUUCUAAAGACUGUGGGAACGUCAUACGUUAUGAAGUGAUGGUGACUGGAAAUCUUGGAAUACAGUGGAGGCAAAAACCAAAUGUGGUUCCUGUUGAGAAGGAGAAAAAUAAGCUGAAGAGGAAGAAGCAGGAAAGCAAACACAGGAAAGAUGAGGAGAAGAACAAAGCUCGGGAGGAAUGGACCAACUUCUCUUAUUUCCCUGAAAUCACCCAUGUUGUCAUCAAGGAAUCCGUGGUCAGCAUUAACAAGCAAGACAACAAGAAGAUGGAGUUAAGCCUGUCUUCCCACGAGGAAGCCUUGUCCUUCGUGUCUCUGGUGGACGGGUAUUUCCGACUCACGGCAGAUGCCCAUCAUUACCUCUGCACAGAUGUCGCUCCUCCGCUGAUUGUGCACAACAUAGAAAAUGGCUGCCAUGGGCCCAUCUGUACUGAGUAUGCAAUCAACAAGCUGAGACAAGAAGGAAGCGAGGAAGGCAUGUACGUCUUGCGCUGGAGCUGCACAGACUUUGAUAACAUCCUCAUGACCGUGACCUGCUUGGAGAAAUCAGAGCAGAUGUUGACGAGCCAGAAACAGUACAAGAAUUUCCAGAUUGAAGUGAAGAAGGGGAAAUACUCCCUGCAUGGUUCCGAUCGAGUGUUCCCCUCCCUCAGAGGCCUGAUGGACCAUCUCAAAAAGCAGAUCCUGAAAACAGACAACAUCAGCUUUGUCCUGAAGAAAUGCUGCCAGCCGAAACCGAGAGAAAUUUCUAAUCUGCUUGUGGCCACCAAGAAGGCCCAGGAAUGCUUGCCAGUCUACACAAUGAGCCAGCUGAGUUUCCAUCGAAUUCUCAAGGAAGACAUCAUUCAGGGAGAGCACCUGGGACGAGGCACUCGGACCCAGAUCUACUCAGGGACCCUGGACUACAAGGAUGAGGAAGGCAGCUCUGAUGAGAAAAAGAUGAAAGUGAUCCUGAAAGUCUUGGACCCCAGCCACAGGGACAUUUCUCUGGCUUUCUUCGAGGCGGCCAGCAUGAUGAGACAAGUCUCCCACAAACACAUCGUGUACCUCUAUGGCGUCUGUGUACGAGAUGUGGAAAACAUCAUGGUGGAGGAAUUUAUGGAAUUUGGGCCUCUGGAUCUCUUCAUGCAUAAGAAAAGUGAACUGCUCACCACACCGUGGAAAUUUAAGGUUGCCAAACAACUGGCCAGUGCACUGAGUUACUUGGAAGACAAAGAUUUGGUCCAUGGGAAUGUAUGUGCCAAAAAUGUCCUCUUGGCCAGAGAGGGCCUGGAUGGUGACUGCAGCCCCUUCAUCAAGCUCAGUGAUCCUGGGAUCCCCAUUACCGUGCUCUCUCGACAGGAGUGUGUGGAACGGAUCCCAUGGAUUGCACCAGAGUGUGUGGAUGAUUCCAAGAACCUGAGCGUGGCUGCUGAUAAAUGGAGUUUUGGCACAACCCUCUGGGAGAUCUGUUACAAUGGAGAAAUCCCCUUGAAAGAUAAGACGCUAGCAGAGAAAGAGCGAUUUUAUGAAGGUCGAGUUAUGCCGGUCACGCCCUCGUGCAAGGAGCUGGCUGACCUGAUGACUCAGUGUAUGAACUACGACCCUAGUCAGAGACCCUUCUUCCGAGCCAUCAUGAGAGAUAUCAAUAAGCUAGAAGAACAAAACCCUGAUAUUCUUUCAGAGAAACAACCAACAACUGAGGUAGAUCCCACCCAUUUUGAAAAACGGUUCUUGAAGAGGAUCCGUGACCUGGGAGAGGGCCACUUUGGGAAAGUUGAACUCUGCAGGUAUGACCCCGAGGGAGACAACACUGGUGAGCAGGUUGCGGUCAAGUCUCUGAAGCCAGAGAGUGGGGGCAACCAGAUAGCCGACCUGAAGAAGGAGAUCGAAAUCUUGAAGAACCUUUAUCAUGAAAACAUUGUGAAAUACAAAGGGAUUUGUACAGAGGAUGGAGGGAAUAGGAUUAAGCUUAUUAUGGAGUUCCUGCCUUCUGGGAGCCUUAAGGAAUAUCUUCCUAGAAACAAGAACAAAAUCAGCCUCAAACAGCAGCUGAAGUACGCGGUUCAGAUUUGUAAGGGGAUGGACUAUCUGGGGUCCCGUCAGUAUGUCCACCGAGAUCUGGCAGCAAGAAAUGUGCUUGUUGAAAAUGAGCACCGUGUCAAGAUUGGAGAUUUUGGUUUAACGAAAGCCAUCGAAACAGACAAGGAGUACUACACGGUGAAAGAUGAUAGAGACAGCCCUGUCUUCUGGUAUGCUCCAGAAUGUUUAGUUCAGUGCAAAUUUUAUAUCGCCUCCGAUGUCUGGUCGUUUGGGGUCACGUUACAUGAACUCCUCACCUACUGUGAUUCGGAAUCCAGUCCCAUGGCGAUGUUCUUAAAGAUGAUCGGCCCAACUCAAGGCCAGAUGACCGUCACAAGGCUUGUGCGUGCAUUAAAGGAUGGAAAACGUCUGCAGUGUCCACCUAACUGCCCAGAAGAGGUUUACCAACUGAUGAAAAAAUGCUGGGAGUACCAACCAAACAAUCGAACAUCCUUUCAGAACCUCAUUCGUGGAUUUGAAGCACUUAUAAAAUAAGAUCCAAUCGAUCAAACAUUGCUUUAAGUGCCUACUGUGUUCAAGGCACUCCUCUAAGUGUUGGGGCAUGAGCAUCCCCCAAAAACAUUCUUUUGUUUGUACUGCUCAACAGUUGGUGGUGUGCCCUCUCUAGAAGUCAAGUCCCUAAGCUCAGUUAGUGGGUGGGGAGGGUUCUUUUUUAAAAAAACAAAUUUAAAACAUUCAUAUUCUCCCCAGAUUUGGUCAUUCAUUUAUAAACUUUAUUGAGUGCCUACUGUGUAAAGGGGGGCUUAAUAUCUUCAGGUGGUUCUUUAUAGGCAAUGAUCAUGGAAUGGUGACAGAUAUAAGAAACCCACAUUUUAAGCACUCCUCUUAUUGGAAGCUGUCCACCACCAGCCACUGGAGCUGGUGGCUCUCAUAUCACUGGGCUUGCUGGUUGCUGAUGAUUUUAGUAACACUCACAUUACUUCUCACAAGAAUGGCAUUUCCAGCAACAAGAAAGCUGGCCUAAAUCCUCUCUGAAAUUAUUUGCUUUCACUGAUUGUUAUGAAUUAUGAUAUUAAACUGAGUCCAUUCUCCUAACUUGUCAAAUUGAGGCAAGGGCUGUAGGCUUCUCAAGUUACCUUUCAUUGUACAUACAAACUUCCAGUAUCUAUACAAAUGGACCAAACCUUCUGUCAAAUGCCUGUUCACACACCGCCCUUUGAAAAUGAAGGGAUUCUACUUGAGUGCUUUCUCUCCCAAGUCACCUUCUUGGAUCCCUGGUGACCAUCUGUAAAAAGACUGGCUGGGCAAAGGGAUGCAACCUGGGCCUAUUGGACAGAGCCUCUUUCUGUCUGAAUCUGAACUGACUUGGGAAUCGAAUGGAUGGUGUUAAUUAACCUUGUUAUCAACAUGUCCUAACCAGCUGAGCUAGAAGAGCCCUAAUACCACUCAAUAGGCUUGCUUUCUUUUCAUUUAAAAAAAACGCAGGUGCACCUUUUUAAUUUUCAAACUUUGUUACCUAAAGAAAUUCUUCCUAAGGAUUUUGACACUUCAGGGGUCCAGGUGGUUUUAUAAAAACCUCUGUGGUUUUAUGUUGGAUGGCAACAUUUAGAUACACAAUAUAAAUCGUAUUAUACUUUAGGGUGUUCCUGUACGUGACACGAAAAAGCAAAAUGCCUUUAUGUAAUGGGCAUAGGCACAGAGCCAAUAAUCAUUAGAGGGAGCUGCUGGAUAUUGACCACAUCCCCAUCAUGUGCAACAGGGAUGCCAAGACGAUGUAGCAGAUCGCCACCUAGAGGAAUCUCACCGCUUGGAACCUAGUGCGGGCAGAAAGGUGCCGACUUUGGGGAUUGCUUGGGGAUAGCUUGCUUGCCAGUUAAAACGAUAUGGUCGCCAAUCUAAUGUGAACACGAAUGGUUUUAAGGAAUGUCUGUCUGAAGAGUCAUUCAGAACUCCAUAGUACUAGCGUGCCACUGCUUUUCACCUUUUUAUCUUGAAAAUGCUUUUUGGAAAGAUUCGGGGCUGGCAGUAAUGAGAGAGACAGAUGGACAGACGGGCUCUUCAAAUCUGUGCAGUGAGCUAAGGACUUCAUUUUAUACCCUUGCCCACAUCUGUGUGUUUGUAUGAUGCAGGUAGUGGAAUGUUCCAGCAUUACCCACAAUUGUACCUGUUUGGAACCUGUGUACGACCUAUAUGCACUUUGUUACUCUUUAUACAAAUAAAUCUAAUAAAGAAUUGA